AGCUCGGGCAGCAGCUCCGCUCCCGCUCCCUCCUUGGGCGUCCGCCAUGCGCCACGCUCCCCGGCCGGCCCCGGGUAGCCCCCGAUGACCCUGCGCGGGCUCCGGCGGAGACAGCGAGGCGGAGGUGGCGGCGGGCGCCCCGCUUCCGCCCCGGCCUGCCCCUUUUGCCGCCGCCGCCGCCCCCCCACCAUGAUCCCCUACUUCUCCGAAGACGCCGUCAUCUCGCAGAACGCCAUCAACCAGCUCAUCAGCGAAAGCUUUCUCACGGUCAAAGGGGCUGCCCUCUUCCUGCCGCGGGGAAAUGGCUCAUCAACGCCUAGGAUCAGCCACCGGCGCAACAAACAUGCAGGAGACCUCCAGCAACACCUACAAGCUAUGUUCAUGCUCCUCCGUCCGGAAGACAACAUCAGGCUGGCCGUUAGACUGGAAAGCACCUACCAGAACCGCACGCGAUACAUGGUGGUGGUCUCGACGAACGGGCGGCAAGACACCGAGGAAAGCAUCGUGCUCGGCAUGGACUUCUCCUCCAACGACAGCAGCGUUUGCACGAUGGGCCUGGUUCUCCCGCUCUGGAGCGACGCGCUCAUUCAUCUGGAUGGCGACGGAGGCUUCAGUGUCUCAACCGACAAUCGCAUCCACAUCUUCAAGCCAGUCUCUGUGCAGGCGAUGUGGUCUGCCCUGCAGAGCCUACACAAGGCGUGCGAAGUGGCCCGGAUCCACAACUACUACCCGGGGAGCCUUUUCCUCACGUGGGUCAGCUACUACGAGAGCCACAUCAACUCGGACCAGUCCUCGGUCAACGAGUGGAAUGCCAUGCAGGAUGUGCAGUCGCACCGGCCAGAUUCCCCUGCCCUCUUCACGGAUGUCCCAACAGAACGUGAGCGCACGGAGCGGCUGAUCAAGACCAAGCUGAGGGAGAUCAUGAUGCAGAAGGACUUGGAGAAUAUCACAUCCAAGGAGAUCCGAACGGAGCUGGAGAUGCAGAUGGCCUGCAACCUGCGGGAAUUCAAGGAAUUCAUCGACAAUGAGAUGAUUGUGAUCUUGGGUCAGAUGGACAGCCCCACGCAGAUCUUCGACCACGUCUUCCUGGGUUCGGAGUGGAACGCUUCCAACCUGGAAGACCUGCAGAACCGGGGGGUGCGCUACAUUUUGAAUGUCACCCGAGAGAUUGAUAACUUCUUCCCAGGGGUUUUUGAAUACCACAACAUCCGUGUUUAUGACGAAGAGGCCACGGAUCUGUUGGCGUACUGGAAUGACACCUACAAAUUCAUCUCCAAAGCAAAGCAAAACGGAUCCAAGUGCCUGGUUCACUGCAAGAUGGGUGUCAGCCGGUCGGCCUCCACGGUGAUCGCGUACGCCAUGAAGGAGUACGGCUGGAACCUGGACCGGGCCUACGACUACGUGAAGGAGCGUCGCACGGUCACCAAGCCGAACCCCAGUUUCAUGCGGCAGCUGGAAGAAUACCAGGGCAUCCUCUUGGCCAGCAAGCAGCGGCACAACAAGCUGUGGCGGUCGCACUCGGACAGCGACCUCUCGGACCACCACGAGCCCAUGGGCAAGGGUGGGAUGGAGGUCAGCAAGAAGGAGAUCACCACGUCAGCGGACCAGAUCUCGGAAAGCAAGACUUCCAGCAGCCACCAUCCGCCGGUGUCCCCAGGCCUCCCGGCUGCUCCGCCCAUUGAGCACCUGUGCCAUUCCGGCCCCAACGCCCACGGCAACUUCUGCAACAAGGAGAGGGUGAUCCAGCUGGAGAUCACUUCGAGGGACUUCAGUACCGAGCAAAUGGAGGACAAGCUGAACCUGAACAACCUCAACGGGUGCUGUCUGGACGAGGCGACGUUUCCUCUGGACAACUGCGACGCAGCCGAGGCCUUACUGCAGCACGGAGAGGCCCUGGAGGGGGCCCCGGGGUUCCCGGACCUGGCGCUGGAUGACCUGGAGAACGAGGCCCUCAAGCAAGGGGACGGGAGCAUCCAGCUGGUGCCCAUGGAAGAGCUGGAGUCGUGCCUGCGGGACGCGUCUGGCCGGAACACCCCCAGCCCGCCGCCGGCCUCUUCCCCCUCCCAGCCCGAAGAGGCGGAUUUUGGUGCUGAUAGGAUCGACUUCUUCAGCGCCUUGGAGAAGUUUGUGGAGCUCUCUCAGGAGAGCAGGUCUCGGGCCUGCUCCCACUCGCGGGCUGAGAGCCAGGGCGGCGGGCGGAACGGCCUCCCCAAGGGACCUGCGCUGGAGCUGCCACCCUCCGAUCCCACGGAAGAGGCUCCGCGGAGCAGCUCCGCUGGCAACUCCCCGCAAGCGUCGGAGGAGUCCUCCCUGGAGGAGGAGCAGCUGAAGCUCUCCGAACCGAACCGUUCGAGCGGCCUGACCCGGUCCCACUCGGAAAACGCCAUCUCGGUGAAAGAAAUAGUCACGGAGAUCGAAUCAAUCCACCAGGGCACGGGGCCGGGCUUGACGAAAACGGACGCCUUGAACAAUCCCAUUCCAGCGCCAAAGAGGAACACUGUCCAUGAGCUCCCUGCAGAGUCGGCCUGGACCUGGGAAAAUAAGCCCGGGAAGCCCGAGCAGGGCGAAGAGAUUGUCUCCGCCCCGAAGGAGGUGGCUAGAGAGCCGUCAAAAGUGGAUCUGGAAACUGCUGCCCCCCUGCCGGCGCUUUCCUGCAAGCCAGAUGUAGAAGAAAGCGGCGAUUUGGUGGAAGACGCGCUGGAGGGCCGUGCGAACCCUGGGCCGAAGUGGUGUCCAGGAUCAGUCCGGCGUGCCACCCUGGAAUUUGAGGAGCGCCUCAGACAGGAGCAAGAGCUGCAGCACGGUUCCCCCGUUGCCGCGUUGCCCCUCCGUAAGAACUCCAGGAACGAAGCCACAGGGGCUGACCUCUCCGCAAAGGGCAAGAAUGAAGAACCGUCUCAUGAGCUGGCUCAGUUGCCUGGGGAUAAAGAGGCCUCGGGAACUGGGAACGCUGCGACCGAGACUAGUUUGGAACAGCCCUCGGAACUCCUGCCCUCCUCGCUGCAACCGAGACCCCCGCAAGAUGACCUGUUAGUCGAGGUGGAAGGGUUGGCUACAGAGCACCGCACGGUUGUUUCGCUUGAAAGCCAGGAGAGGAUCUCUGCUCCUUGCCGCCUACUCCUCCCGAAAAGAAUCGAGAUCAUUGAGUACACCCAUGCGGUCAGAUCACCCGGGACAGACGCCGAGCGGAGCGGUGCUCAGGAGGGUCCGGAGAAAGCCAAGAAGGCGGCUGCUUCACCAGGGGUGGACGAGAAUUGCAACGCGCCUUUGUGCUCGGGGAAUUCUGCGGGGACACUGGCGCUGGACAGCAGAGAUUCUAAGAAAGUGAUCUUCUCCUUGGGCAGCCCCGAGGAGGAGGAGGAGGAGGAGGCUGGGGCGUCAGCCCACCCCGCCCUCUCUCUUUCUGCGAGCCGGGUGCAGUGUUCCCCUCUGCCGUACUCAGAUCGCCGGCACCUUGUUUGCUUGCAGGGGGUCACUCAGGACGCAACAAGCGCAGAUCCUGAGCCGCCCCCUCUGGGGGGCUACGCCGGCAACGGACAGUUCCCCUUGGAGGAGAGGGGAAGCUCCCUUCGACGGAGCAGUGAGGGCACCUUGACACACUGGAGCCGAGAGGAUUUGGACUUGCAUGAUGCGUUCGGCACAGACGGAGCAGGGACCCCGGAGACUGCCGUCCCCCCGUCCCAUUGCGGCGGCCUCCUCCACAGAUCCAGCAGCGACUGCGUCCAAGACCUGCGGAGGGGGGGCAGCUUAGUGAAACAGCGCGCCAGGGAGCUGGAGGCCCGGAUCCGGCAGGCGGGCCUCACCACCCCUUCCCAAAUGAAACGCUCGGCGUCCCUAGCCAAACUGGACCGCCUGGACUUGUCGAAAGACGAGUUACCCGUCAAGGACCCCUUCCCUUCCGGCACCUACCCGAGGUCUCUCGCCUCGCUGCAGUCCAUUUUGGGGCCCCGGAAGCCCGUCUUGCAAUGCCCGGCCGCCCCAGGUGCCACCGUUUCGUCCCCCGCCCUCCGGGGGGUUCCCCAGCCCACGAUGCAUCUGGUGGAGCAGCUCAAGCUGACGGAGUGCGUCGCCCUGAGCAGACCUGUGCAGCGGCCUCCCGUGCAGUAUGCCAAAGAGUUCAACCCAGCCCGGCAGCUUCCGGAAACAAAAUUGACUAGCGCCCACGCCGGUGGGCUGCCGGGGUUGCCGACGCCCAGCCCGGCUCAAUGGCUGGCUGUCCUCCCUCGGUAUCAACACGCUAGAACUCGACCGCCUAGAAGACUGAAAAAGGCGAGCGACCGGCGACGUACAUCCAACCCCUUGUACAAUACCAUGUGAUCUUCGGCCCCCUCCUUGCCCCCCACCCCACCCCCCAAAUUUGACUUGUUUUGCAACGUCCUCGUGGUGUUCUUCAAAUGGGACAGAUGUAAUAUAUAUUGAAACAUGCACUUUAUUAGUUAGUUUUUUUUAUAUGUUUUGUUACUUCUACUGUCCCUGUUGCGUGUAGGUUUCCAAGGCGGCUGGUGCCAUUCUCUCCCAGGCCCCAGGGCGAGCGACUGGUUGCAAGAUCCCAAUGUGCGUGUGGGGUUUUUGGUUUCGUUUUUUGGUUAAUUUCAUAUAUUAAAAAAUAUAUAUUUUUAACUCUCAAUAAACCUCAACUUUUGGUUUUGUUUGCUUUGUCUUAAAAGAACACCCUACUUUAAAAAAUGAAAGAAAGAAAGAAAAGCAAACUAAAUAGCAAGUCAAACUGAAUUUCUGGUUUUAUUUUUUUAAUUUGGUCAGAGCUGUUUUUUCCCUUGCUAAAUGUUAUCGGCUUGCCCAAGAGACUCGCACAAUCCGCCCGGGAUGCAAAUUGAGGGACGCAAUUUUCGUUCGAGACGCCCGGGCAAAGUUGCAAAUCCCGGACCCUCGAAGGGCCUAUUGGCACAGUUGGGGGGGUGGCAAGGGAGAGAUGACCCAUAAACCUCGUGCCAAAUUUCUCUCACCCCCUCCCCAACGCAGCAAAACGGGCCGCUUUGAAAUGCGUAGCACAUGCUCCGGGGAGUAAAUAAAUGCGCAACUCCGCUGCACAGUUCAACCUUCUCCAAUCUGGUGCGUUCUGGAUGUGCCGGACUACAAUUCCCAUCUGGAGGGCACCAGAUUGGGGUAGGCUAUGCCUGUUCCUAAAAUUACUCGAGGCAACUGACACGUGCGCUCACAAAGCCUUAAUUUCUCUGGACGUCAGUCCUGAACUAAUGGCUUACGCACCACCAAAAAUGUUUUGACUUGAACUGUUUGAAAAGAGAGGCAAAGAUGCUUUUUAAAAGUAUUUGGGAGAGGAAUCGGUGUGCGCAGAAAGGAGAGAGGAAUUUUUGGACUGGAGGGUGUUCUCUUAAAACAAAUUUCCUUUUUUAAUAAAUAAAUAAAUAGGGUUUUUAACCCUUUCAUUACUUGAAUAAAGCUGUGGGCCUUUCUGAGAAUAUGGCCAUAUCUGCUUCCUUUUCGUUGACUCCGUAAACCAUGUGUGCCCUCUUUUCCCUCCCCCAAGCCCUACAAAGUUGGGGGGGGGCGCCUUUCCUCCUGCCGCCUCCCCAAAGUCUGGUUCAUUUCUGUUCCAAACAAUCCAGAGGGUGGUCAGUUAUCUAUAUUUGCUUUUACAUGUUUUACAUGUUACAUGUUCUUUUGCCAUGUUCUUCGCCUGGAAAUAAUCCCCCCUCUUCCUGAAUCCAGGAGGUAAAAACAACAACACAAAACUCAUCUCUCAUACUGUAUUUAUGUCGAUAACUCUUCUUUUUUUGGUAGGGGAGGUUUCUCUGCUAUCAAAUCUUGGUUUGUUUCUAGAGGAAAGAGGCUCUUUGCAUCUCCUCUCUGAACUGGAAAAGAGAUUCCUCUCAAUAUUUUUCUCCGUGGCAAUCUGCACAUCCAUUCCGGAGCGGGUUCAACUGGGCUACCCUGAUUGAUGGAUUGAUUUUCCCUUGCCAGCCUGUGCCAAACGUAUCCUGCACGGUUUUCUUCUUUUGGUUCGCCUCUGUUUCCGUCGCAUCACCUACGGUGCGUUCUCAGCCUUCACCCAAACUACCCCCGUGUUGGACGGCAACUCCCGUUGGCUGAGAGUGAUGGGUGUUGUAUCAGGAGGGCUCCAGGUUGGGCAAAGGGGGGUAUUAGGGAGAAUAUCCUAGUUCUUCGCACCACAUGUGGGCCCGUUGCCCUGUUGUCUGUACAAGCGCUCUUUUUCCGGAGAUCAGGGUUUCGUGGCGCGUUUUCCCUCUUUCUGAGCUUUGCAGUUGCGCGUCUAGUUUUGCUCAGGUCUUUGUCGUGCACCAAAGCCUUUCAUCUGCAGUCCAAAAAGCCUGAAAUGCCACGAGCAGAGAGGAAGCCAACCCUUUGCAUAUCUGUAUUCUCUUUUCUUUCUUCCUUUUAGCUCGCCUACAUUCUGAUGCGCCCACAGUCAAUUUCUCAACAACAAAACCCACUGCUUCCUCCUGGAGAGAAGCAUCAGAUAUUUACAGUAUAUCCCCACCCCCAAUAAUUAUACAGGAAGCUGAGUCCUUUUGGGGGGGGGUCUUUUUUGUUUGCGUUCCCCCAGCCCUGCGACUGGGAAAGAAGAAAGACGUUUUUUCCAGAAACUGGGUUGGUGGGUUUUCUCGUAAGUUUAGCAGCUCCGCCGAGACAGAAAGCGGACGCUCCAACAAUAUUGGCCAUAGACAUUUUUUGGUAUGAUUUGAGAUCUCGGCUCUUAAAUUGCGGGAGGUGGGCACAAAUAAAUUCCGGCUUGACUUUAGACCUGGUCGGGAGAAGGAGAGUGUACACCCUCCCUCCCUCCUUCAUAGAUUGCUUUUGUCUUCAUGCUCAUUUCCUUGCUUCUUGGGCCUCGGAUGCAAUGUCUUGUCUUCCCACCCACCCACCCCAAUGUAGCCUGGACAGCGAGACUUGCAGACGGCCCCCGCUGACCAGCCGCCAGCUCAGUUCUGCAUUUCGAAACAGGACAAAGUCAGUCAGGUGGUUUCCUUUGGGAGGGGGAAAGCUCGCAAAAAGUUAUCCCCCCCUGCUACAUUUUGGGUCUGAUUCCCAGAAGUCUUGAGUAAGGUUCAGCAACUGUCUUUCCAAUCCAUCUCACUGCGGCCCCUGGCGUAGGUGGAGGAGGGCACACCCUUCUGUCGGUUAAGCUUACUGGAGAGCGAUGCAGGAAGAUAACCUUGGCUUUGUCACCCUCCGUGCCACCAUUCAAGUUCAUCCCUCACCCGAAUUUUGCCUCGGGGAUCCCUGCGGAUUGAGUAGGCCCCUAGAAAAAGAAAUCCUUUCGGUAGAACCGGCCACGCUCCAAAACUAGGUAGCUGCCGUGAAACCCCAGGGUGCUUUUGUGGGCGGAAGAUGUUUAAUCCCCCAGGCUAUUUAAUUAUCAACACUGGGUGUGUUUUUUGGCUUUGUUCCUUGAGGAUUUGGCGUGGAGGGGCUGAAUCCAGAGGAGAUGACCUUGAUAGGCCAACUUUUCUUUGCUGCUGGAGACUCUGAAUUCCGUUUCCUGUGUUCGUACCCAAAGAGGGAAAUGGGAAGCUGCUCUUUAGGACAGCAAUCCCCAAUUCAGUGCGGUCCACAUUUCAGGGGACCCAGUGGUUUGGCAGACCUCUGCGAGCUUGGGUUCGUAUCCGAAUUGCGUCGGGGACAAUCCAGUGGACCGGGUUCAGCGUUAACCGCUGUGAUCUGGGCCAAAUGUUUAGGUGCUGGGUCUGUAGGCCUCUUUGCCCUGCCCUGUUGUAUUCCUCGAUUUGAGGAUUCUCUGGGGAUUCAGUGGCAGCAGUUGCUUUGAUGCUAUUUUUGAUGGUUUUCCCUGCUAGAGGUCUGGAUGGGAUUGAAACCUCGAAAUCUUGUGGGCGGCUCUCUCUUGACAACCUGGUGGUUUCUUCUGGAAGCAAAAUCUGUGCCUUUUAAUCCAUCUCUGUUGGGAUCUUUUUGUGGGGAUAGGUGGCAGGAGUGGGGGAACAGCACUGACUUUCUCUGAAAUUGAGCCCCCAGACUCUGUUAUGGUUUAGCGUUCAAGUUUGCAUGCUGGACCACCAGUCAGUUCUUGGUCCGGAUACCUCGGUGGGCAUUUUCCAAACAUCUGAGCCUCGGAAUCAAAACUGGACAGCUUAAAAAACACUGUGGCUGCUGGCUUAUAUCCCCCCCCUCCCCCUUCCUUCCAGCUAUCAAAGUAUGAAAAAUGUACCACUAGUUUAAAGCCUCGCUGGGGGCUUAAAAGGGCAUUUUCUUCUCUGUUCUCCUCCCUGCCCCCCAGUGUAAAAAGUUCCUGUUCUCUUGCAAGACUCUUAUUUUUGUACUUCCGUGAAAGGGGGAUGCUCGUACCUUUUGUUUUUGUGCAUUACUGAUUUCAAAACCUACAAAUGUUUUGGCAGCUCCCCUUCUCUUCCCCCCCCCCCUUUUGAUUUCUGGCUGUACUGUAAACCUUGAUUGAUUGUGUUCAUGCGAAUGAAAGAGAAAGAGCGUUGAUUCCUCACUGGCCCUGUGUGCGUGCGAGCAACGUGGCGAUGAAUACAUCUGUAUCUAUCUAUACACACAUCAUAUUUCCCCUAACAUGCAUCCUGCCGCACUACGCGAAGCCCCUCCAACUUCUUUGGCGUCAGCAGGGCCUCUCCUGUAGGGUGAUCGUUUCACCCCAAACAGCACAACUGGCAUCUUCAUGCAUUUUUAAAAAAUUACGACGAGCCGCCUGCCAAUCAAGUCCUGCCUGAUGGCAUUUUAUUUUAUUUUUAAUAACUCAGCAGAUGGUUUCCCCCUGAUCUGGCCACACCAUAAUUAAUGCAAGGGAGUUGCUACCAUGACCAGUUCAUCCAGAGCCCAGGAGGGGGUAGUGUGUGCAAACCGGAACGGUGGGAAAUCUCUCUGAAAUAGCAUCCUAUUAUGAAGGGGGUGGAAUAGAUGUUCCCUUCUCCUGUUUCCGGCAGCCUCUAAGUCCCAAAGGAGAUGGACGGAGAGCCCCUGCGGUUUUUCAGUCCCUAGUCUAGGUGGAAAUGGUCUGCUGAAAUCCUCAAGCGCUGGAAAUCCGGAUGUUUUGCAUCUAGCACUGAGGCAGGCCGAGGUGCCUUUCUGGACUCUGCCGGUGCAGGUGUCUUGCUCCUGGUUUGGAGUUUUGAUGCGGUUGUCGAGGGUGUUGGGGCAAACCAUCUCUGUGUGUGUCUAUCUCUACCCACUCCUGGGGGUUAGGGGGGUUGGGCUGCGUGUGCAUCCAGCAACAGCUUGGGGAGCUGCAGACCUUGACGGGCGGGAGAGAAACACGGUUUUCCUUUCUUUUCGGCAUAUCCCCUGCCCCACUGCGGCUCUCGAACUCCCAAAAGUGGCUUGUACCAUAGACUUGUACCGACGUGAUACUCAGCUGUUUUUAAAUGUGAAACUUGCACGCUCGGCGGGUGCUGAGUCAACAUUCUUGUUACUGAAUAAAUUUUUAUUUUGAGAAU